GUCUACGAUGUCCACAACGUCCGCAACGCCCCCUCCCACGACGAGCUCGAGCGAUAUACCAGCACCGAAACCUGAACGUCCUUCCGCAGGCAGUCGACUUCCCUCCUUGAACCAGCUGGCCGCCCGCAUCGGCGCAAAGGACAGCUCAAAUGCCUCUACGGCGACAUCGAGGCCUCGGCUGGCGGCCUCUCUACUGCGUACUGGUUCUACAAGCUCACUAGCUACCAGUGCAACGUCAGCAUCGACGGUCGACUCGACAGCAGUUAAUGCACCGACGACACGCUCGACGUCGCCGGCGGCUCUCUCGACGUCACCGCCUGAGUCCAAGUCCACCACCCCCAUUCCGUCCGACAAUCAGGGCGAGCCGCUGACCGCGGAGAAGCUGAAGGAACUGAAUCAGGAGACGGAGAAGAAGGUGAAAGUAGGCUACAAGAACAUCCCCAGUCUAGAUGCGAUUACAGCGAGGCUGGCGAAAGCGCGGACGCUCAGUAUUGAUGGGAGUGCGAAACCGCCCGAGGCGGAGACGAUUGAAGAUCCGCAAACACCUGGUCUGAGGAUAAAGGCACCCGAGCACCCCUUGGAGAACAAGUGGACGCUAUACCACGACCAGAAAAAUGCUGUUCCAUUCACGCCUGCGACGGCCCACGUGGAAGGGUCGUUCGCGCACAGCGCGGCACCUGAGUCGGGCGAGUACGAGGCGGGGCUCACGGUUGUCGGCGAAUUCGACACGGUGGAGUCGUUCUGCCGGUACUUUAACUGGCUGAAGCCGCCGUCGAAGUUAGAGCGCAAUUCAAACUACCAUCUCUUCAAGUCAGGGAUCAAGCCGAUGUGGGAAGACGAGGCGAACGCAAACGGGGGCAAGUGGGUGCUGACGAUGAAGAAUAACCCAGCGCUGCUGGAUCGGUGCUGGAGUUGGCUUGCGAUGGCGCUAGUAGGAGAGGAACUUGACGAGGGCGAUGAGAUCUGUGGUGCCGUGGUCAGUUUGAGGAGCAAAGUGGACCGGAUCCAGCUGUGGACGAGGAGCAAGGACGACCUGGAGAAGCUGAACGGGAUAGCGAAGAAGAUGGUGAAGAUCCUGGACGUUUCUGAGGCGGAUGGUAUUGGAUUAGAGUUCCAGUACAAUACGGACGACCGACCUCCACCCAACAAGUUCCUUUCCAUCCAGUCUAUGCCGCAAUCCUCCUUCCGCUCGUCAUUCCAGGGCGGCGGCGGAGGAAAGUAUGGCAGCCCUGUUACUGGUCCCGGAGAGGCCGCCAGCCCGAUCAGCGGUGCACCUGCGCCGGGCGGUGCCUUCGCUGGGUUCGGUGUAGGUGGGUUUGGCGGCGGUGCCGGGUGGAGAGGCAAGAAGCCUUAGGGAACGGGUGAAAGAACUCAGCAGUAUCUUGUAAGUGUACAAUUGUCAAGAGCUAUCAGGGCUUGGAAUUCUUGGUGGUACCGUUGUGUACAAACCGUCGAAAUGUUUGUGGUGUCCCCUUGCUAGUUUGUGUAUUGUUGAAUGCGUUGUAGUACUCCGUGCAUGGGCGUAAGCAUAAGUGGUUGCCUUUGGAUCAGCCAGUGGCAUCGAGAUGUAAGUACGGUCGACCUGGCGAUGGUACAACGGGUGACAGGUACAGCAGGGGUCAUCACUAGCGUACUCCCAAGGCAUUGUAUGGUAGAUAUUUACAUGUGCGUAUGCUAGUAUGCUAGCGCUAUCGCACGGCCUGUCCAGGAGUUUUAGAUGAACAUAACAGUCAGUCAUCAGCCUGAGGGCGCAUUCAAUGCGUCUCUUAAAAUGGCCCUCCCGGCGGCGUUACGGUUUAAUGCGGGUAUUCCUGCCUCCAUCCAAUAGCUCUCCUCUCCCUGAAUGUGCCGGAGCCACAGACGUUGUGGCUCCUCUGGAUUUUUGACCAGAUCGUGUAUUGGGGCUUCCUCUUGGAUAAUGAUUCGUGCUUUGUUAUCUCUGACGGCAGUGUGGGAUAGAAAGGCCAGUGUGGUUCGAUAGGCUCGAUAUUCUAAGGAAUC